GUGUAAUUCUUAUUUUAUACCAGGUUCUAUUAGCUAUAGGGAACUAAAGCCGCCCGCUACAAUCCGGCUGUAGCUCGUUAGCUACUCUUUUCUUCCAAAAGAACCAAAACCCUAAGCAUCAAGUUAAAACUCUAAUUGGGUUGUGAUAUCCUAUCCUCAUUCAAAGCAGCUUAAGCUCAUCAAUUUUUUGUUUUGAUCAUGGCUACCAGACUUAUGUUCGAGAACUCAUGCGAAGUUGGGGUUUUUUCAAAGUUGACUAAUGCUUACUGCUUGGUUGCAAUUGGAGGAUCAGAGAGCUUCUAUAGCACAUUCGAGGCCGAGUUAGCAGAUGUCAUUCCAGUGGUUAAAACAUCUAUUGCCGGCACUAGGAUUAUCGGCCGUCUUUGCGCAGGGAACAAAAAUGGUCUUCUCUUGCCGCACACCACUACUGACCAAGAACUUCAACACUUGAGAAACAGCCUACCUGAUCAGGUUGUUGUUCAGCGUGUUGACGAGAGGCUAUCAGCCUUGGGGAAUUGCAUAGCAUGCAAUGAUCAUGUUGCUCUUACACACACUGAUCUUGACCGGGAGACAGAGGAGUUGAUUGCAGAUGUUCUGGGAGUGGAAGUCUUUAGGCAGACAAUUGCUGGCAAUAUUCUUGUGGGCAGCUACUGUGCUAUCUCUAAUAGAGGUGGCUUGGUCCACCCCCAUACGUCCAUUGAAGAUUUGGAUGAACUCUCGACUCUCCUUCAGGUACCUUUGGUGGCAGGGACUAUUAACCGUGGUAGUGAAGUGAUAGCUGCUGGUAUGGUAGUGAAUGAUUGGACAGCAUUUUGUGGGGCAGAUACCACUGCAACUGAACUCUCUGUCAUUGAGAGUGUUUUCAAGUUGAGGGAGGCCCAACCUACUGCCAUUGUGGAUGAGAUGAGAAAAUCUUUAAUUGACAGCUAUGUCUAAGUUUUCAAUGUUACUACUGCUAUUAGAACACUGGAGCACUAGCUCUGCUAAUGUUUGCGCAUAUGUUUAGCCGAUCGGUAUUUGUAUCACUGUUCUCAUUGUAUCACUUUGAAUAAGCAUAUAUCUUUAAAGUAGUCCUUUUCUUUUACUCUUUUAUCCAAUUGGAUUUGAACCUGGGUUCCAUGACUGGAUUUGUUGUAAGCAUUUCACUAAAAGGAGAAUGUAUCUUUUAAAGC